CUGGGGACCUCCUGGAAGGGAGCUCAGAGGCUCGGCCUUCUGCACAUAGUUGAGUGGUGCGCAGCCCUUGGCCGAAGCUGAGGUUUGUUUAUUGGGGCAAGAAUUCCCUGUGAACCAAGAAACUGUUUUGGGUUUUGUAGUCCCAACAACUUAAAGGCUUGAUCGAUUGAAACAACUAGAUACACAUGGUUAUUGGUUUUCUAGAUCUGAAAGUCCCUGAAGAAAAGUUCUUGGCGGUGGCUUCCUUAUUGUUUCUGUUCAGAAAUGCAACAACUUCUACGUUAUGCUAUGAUCUGCCAACGAUUGCUGAAAAUCUGUUCUACAGACAGACUUGCCGAGACGGACUCAUUUUUGUUUAGAAUCAUGUGGCAAAUUCAAUGGAAAAAUGGCAGGAGCUGAAGAGCUAGCAGGAAGACUAUGGUAGUCUUGCCUUUCUUUCUUUUUCUUUCUUUCUUUCUUUCUUUCUUUCUUCCUUUCUUUUUCUUUCCUUUCUUUCUGCCUUUCCAGUGUUUUGUCUUAGAAUGGCAUGGAACAAGACACCUUCAGACAUGUUCUUUCCCUUUAAUGAGAGUAUCCAAUUCACCACCUCUGCUCAUACAUCCUUGCCAGUUUCACUCAGGAUAUUAAUGGCUAUAGUAAUGCUCCUUAUGAUUGCCAUUGGAUUCUUAGGCAACACCAUUGUCUGCAUGAUUGUUUACCAGAAGCCAGCCAUGCAUUCAGCAAUAAAUCUACUUUUAGCUACACUGGCUUUCUCUGACAUUAUGUUGUCUUUAGUCUGCAUGCCAUUUACUGCUGUCAGCAUUAUUACAGUAAACUGGAAUUUUGGAGCUCACUUCUGCCGCAUAUCUGCCAUGCUUUACUGGUUUUUUGUCUUGGAGGGGGUCUCAAUACUUUCAAUCAUUAGUGUGGAUCGAUUCCUCAUUAUUGUCCAGCACCGAGACAAGCUGAACCCCCACCGUGCCAAAGUCGUGAUAGCUGUUUCGUGGGUCUUCUCGUUCUGUAUCUCCUUCCCUUCCGUUGUUGGGUGGACAUUUGUGGAGGUGCCAAGCAGGGCUCCCCAAUGUAUCCUUGGAUACUCUGAAUUCCCUUCAGACCGAGCUUAUGCAGUGAUGCUGCUUGUGGCCACUUUCUUUGUCCCUUUUGGCAUUAUGUUGUAUUCUUACCUUUGCAUCCUGAAUACUGUCCGUCAGAACACAGUCCGGAUCCACAACCACACAGAGAACAUCUGCCUCAGCCAGGUGAGCAGGCUAAGUCUAAUAGGACUGCAAAAGCCUCACCACAUUGAUGUAGACAUGAGCUUCAAAACUAGGGCAUUCACUACCAUCUUUAUUCUGUUUGUUAGCUUUUCCCUAUGCUGGCUUCCGUACACAGUCUUUAGCCUGAUGUCUGUCUUCAGCCGACAGUUCUAUUACAGCCCCUCUUUCUAUAUCAUUAGCACUUACGUACUGUGGCUAAGUUACCUCAAGUCCGUUUUCAACCCCAUCAUCUACUGCUGGAGGAUCAAGAAAUUCCGUGAGUCCUGUCUGGAGUUCAUGCCAAAAACAUUUAGAAUCUUUCCUCAAGUGCCUGGACGGACAAAACGGAAAAUAAGGCCGAGCACAAUAUAUAUCUGCAGUAAUCCCCCGUCUGGAGUUUAGAAGUAAACCAUGGUCAUUAAUGUAUUACAAAGGAAAAUGUGGAAUGAAUGAAUUCAAGUGUGGUUGAAUAGACACUAGGUGGUUUUAUCCUGGUAAAAGAAAUCCUCACUCAGCAGUUAUCAAUUUUGAAAUUAGAAAUAUUUCUUCUACACUGCCUUUAAUAGUGUUAAUACUGUCUGUAGUAGUGUUUUAUGAAUAAGCUACACACCCAGAUUGUUGGGGGUAGUAUGCUGGCUCUGUAAACCACUUAGAGAGGGCUGUAAAGCACUAUGAAGCGGUAUAUGUCUUAAGUGCUAUUGCCAUCAUAUUUGAGGAUUGUCUGUGUUUCAAGUUGAAUUACAGCACAUAAUCACACUACAUUAUCCUAAAUGUGGUUUUAUCAAAUCUACUGCCAAUAAUAACACUGCCUUUGUAAUUUUAUUUCCUUCAAAUUAAAAGAAUAAACAUCAAGAUACCUGCUUUUUUAUUUCAGUGUCUAUCCCUUCUAUCAAAUUGGUUGUCUUGCAAAAACAAGUAUCAAAUUGCAAUCUGAAUAUCUUACAGGGAGAACCAUUUUUGCACAAGUGCAUUCUGACACUUUACAGUUGGGCUUGGUUUAGAUCUCUCGGUCUACCUUUAAAUAAUGGAAGAUAAUCAAGGUUCAAAUUAAGAACAUGGAUGAUUUAAACUUUUCCCCUGCUAGAGUCCUUACCAAAAGUGCUUCUUGCACACACAAAAAGCCAUUGAAAUAUCCCACAAAUAAGGAUUGUGGUCAUCAAGAUCACAACAGAAGGAAAACAAAUCCCUUACGAUACAUAGGCAAUCAGUUCUGAUUGUAAUUAUUUGUUGUUGUGAUUUCAAAUGAAAAUAGGCAAUAAACAAAUUAAAUACAUUACAGCAUUUAAUACAGGUAUCCUCUGAACAAUGACAGGUCACUUAACAACCUUUCAAAGUUAUAACACCCCGCCCUCCCCCAAAAAUGCCUACAUGCCAGUGGUGGGUUCCGGGCGGUAAGGCCCGGUACAGACGUACCAGUGGUAGAUGCGGCCCUCAGUGAAAUUGAGUUUGACACCCCUGCCUUAGACCAAGAGCA